AUGGUCGUCGACCUCCAGUCGGUCAUAUCCAAGAACCCGCACCGCAAGAUACACCAGUUUGACCAGCGCUCAAUCGGGUCUGAGAGCCCCUGGAAAAGGUUCUUCAGUGUCGUGGCAGACCAGAGGAUGGCGGCCAGAGGCGUGACUCUGGGGGCUGAGAAUGGGCCGGUGGUCAGUCCUCGGCUGCUUCAGGAGCAACAACUUAAAUUGGCAUCGAAAAAUGUGAACGAGGAGAAAUCGGACAAGAGUGAGAUUUUGGAGGUGAAGCAGUCAUUGAGACCGAUUGCUGUCGACCAGAAACAGAGUUCGUCUGAGUCCUCUAAUGUUAAGUUGCUUUCAAGUGGCUCGAGCCACACGAAAUUGCCUGAGAUACCUGAGAAAAAAAUUCUGCAGGAUAAUGGUGAGUCUAACCAGAAGACUGUGGCAGAUCCUUCUACCGAAGCCACCGAGAAAAAGUUGAGCCGGAGGUAA